AUGGCGACGCCGGACCACCUGUUCAACCUUCGCAAUAACUUCUACCUCGGCGCCUACCAAGCCGCAAUCAACAGCAGCGACGUCUCCAACCUCUCCCAAGACGACGCCCUCGAGCGCGACACACUCGUCCACCGCUGCUACAUCGCCCUCGGCCAGUUGCAGUUCGUCAUCUCCGAGAUCCACAACGACGCUCCCACCCCUCUCCAAGCCGUUAAACUUCUCGCACUCUAUUUCUCCUCUCCCGACACCAAGGACUCCGCCAUCUCCAACCUCAAGGAGUGGCUCGCUGAUCCCGCCAUCGGAAACAACGCUACACUCAGGCUCGUCGCCGGUCUGAUCUUCCUCCACGAGAAUGAUUUCAACGAAGCACUCAAACACACCAAUGCCGGAGGAACCAUGGAACUGCAUGCGUUGAAUGUUCAGAUCUUCAUUAAGAUGCAUAGGUCCGAUUACGCAGAGAGGCAGCUGCGGAUCAUGCAGCAGAUUGAUGAGGAUCACACUCUCACUCAACUCGCCAAUGCGUGGCUCGAUUUGGCUGUGGGAGGGUCGAAGAUUCAGGAGGCGUAUUUGAUAUUCCAAGAUAUGUCGGAGAGGUAUCUGUCUACUAGUAUGCUUUUGAAUGGCAAGGCGGUUUGCUGCAUGCACAUGGGCAACUUUGACGAAGCCGAGACCCUUUUGGUUGAAGCGCUGAACAAGGAUGCCAGGGAUCCUGAAACUCUAGCCAAUCUAGUUGUAUGCUGUCUUCACCUUGGCAAACCAUCUAACAAAUCAUUCAGCCAGCUGAAACUUUCUCACGCAGAUCAUGUACUCGUCAAACGGGUAACAUCAGCAGAAGAAAGUUUUGAUAGAGCGCUACAAACAUUUUCUUCAUGA